AUGAAGAAGAGUGCUGAUGCUGAGUACGAUUUCUUGGAUUUCUGGGAAGCGAAUCAAAAGUUCUUUGCUAUGAAGCAAGGAACAACGGAAAACUUGAUGCAUUUCAAGGAACGAUUCUUGAGACAGGCUGAAGUCCUGCAAGAUCUAUAUGGCG